AUGUCCCUUGUACACCUCGCAAACACCUGCUCCCAUCUUCAGAAUGCCUCGCGCGCUCGCUUAGGUCUGACUUCCAUCCCGGACACAAAAUUCCACCUGAAACUUAUGCUCGCACUACAAAACUCGGGCUUCAUAUCAACCGUUGUACGCGGAGGCCCAACACCACCCCCGGCACACAAUCUAUUAUCUCAUCCUUCCUCGUCCGACCCAUCACACCCUGUUGAACCCGUCACGCGGCACAACGUUGCCUCACGUCGUCUGUGGCUGGGCCUAAAAUACUGGAACUCGGAGCCAGUGAUCGAGAAGAUGGAGCUUGUUUCUAAGCCGACGAGGCGGAUAUGGAUGGACGUGGCAGGCUUAAGGAAACUUGUGUUGGGGCAAAAGAGCGGAUAUGUCAAGGGCAUGACGCGCCCAGGGGAGUGCAUGUACGUCAGCACGGACGCUGGGAUUAUGGAGGCAAGGGAGUGCGUGGAACGCAAGAUUGGAGGGAUGCUGAUUUGCCGGGUGCGAUAA